UCCCCGUCUCGUCCGCCUCUACACCCAUCUGAAAAGCGAGCCUCGAAUCCCUUCGUCUCAACACUAAAUUACUUCACGGAGCCGGUCUCCUAUACAGUGUCUGGGAUAGUGCGGCGGUUGUCCGAAGACCAGGCUCCUACUCCUCUUGCCCGAGCCUUGAGCGCCAACUACAACGGCUCCAUGACCGAUCCGACGCUUGGGGUCUAUCACCCACCACCGCAGCCCAAGCGACGCCUAUCACCCUUUCAACCACCGCCGCUUACGCCUCUUACACUGAAGGGCUACAAAGACACUACCAAACACAAGUCGCGACUUCUAAGCAAGGCAAUAGCGGAAGAGAUACGGCUUCUCAUACCUGCCCGCCUCCAGCUAAUGGACAGCUGGAACCUGACCUACUCGCUUGAACAGAAUGGCAGCACUCUCAGCACAUUAUACAAUCUCUGCGACGCGCACCGCGGAAAGCGAGGCGGCUUUGUCCUUGUAGUCCGUGAUGCUGGCGGAGGCAUCUUCGGUGGCUACUUGACCGACGCACCGAAACCGCAACCUCACUAUUACGGCUCCGGAGAGUGCUUUUUAUGGCGAGCCUUCAGACUACCGGCACUUCCGGAUCUUAGCAGUCUGCCGCCACCACCAAGCGCAGACACCACGCAUUUGGGCCGCAUGACAACGGUGGCCCUGUCAAGACAAUCUUCUUGCGCGACACUCUCGGAAGGGAAGGCAAAUGGCACGGGAGUCGGCGCCAAAUCUGGCACUGCUACGCCGGAACGAAUACGCUUCAAGGCUUUCCCGUACACGGGCGAGAAUGAUUUUCAGAUUCUCUGUCAAGCGGAGUACCUCAGUUUGGGUGGCGGUGAUGGCAAGUACGGACUCUGGCUAGACGACAGCCUGAAUAGAGGGGUGAGUGAUACCUGUCUGACGUUUGGUAAUGAGGCAUUAAGUGAGGAGGGUAUGAAAUUCGAUGUCCUUGGAGUCGAGGUCUGGUAUAUUGGC